AUCUUUCACUACCUCCGUCCAACUGCAACCCGAGUUCAAAGGACCCUGGAUUGCCAACGCGCCCAUUGUCCAACCCGGCAUUUUUCUUUGGCGAAUUUUUUGCUUUUGUCCUUUGCCUUAUUCGGUCGCUUGGUCCUCCCCUCCCUUGCUUUGUUCUCCCGUCACAACCAACCAUGGCUGAUCCAUCGUCAUCACAACCUCCUGUGUCAUCCUCGUCGCAACCUCCACCCGUUGCAUCGCAGUCUGCAUCACAAGAACCCCCCUCUUCAUCGACUACGGCAGCUGCAGGGCAAUCCGGAACCAACUCGGAGGCGACUGUCGUGCCCAAACAAGAACCCGAUACCGAUCCCACCGCCCUGGAUGCCUCCAUCGACCAAGAUAUCGAACUCGGCGGAGUAGCUGACAGCACCGCGGACAAUAAUAUCGACAUGGCCAACGCAGCCGACGCAGAUGAGAACAUCCCUCUGGGAAAUCCGGUUCAGACCGCAGACUCGGUCGAUGCCCUUGCCGCCACGGCGCCGUCUAAGAAAGAGACUAGCCUGCGCGAGUUCCUAGGCAAGAUGGAUGAAUAUGCGCCGAUCAUUCCCGACGCCGUAACAGCUCACUACCUCACCCUCGCCGGUCUGCCACCACCAGGCAACGGUCCCAACCAAACCCCUCCUCACCUCGCCCGUCUCCUCGCCCUCGCCACGCAAAAGUUCAUCGCCGACAUCGCAGCCGACUCCUACCAAUACGCGCGUAUCCGCGCCUCCAACAGUUCCUCCGCCAGUAACCCCAUGGGCAGUCUCAACGCCGCGUCGGGACUUGGCAUGCCUGCAGGUGCCGCCGGCGCAGGUGCUGCGGGGGCUGCGGCGGGCGUCUCUAGUGGCGAAGCCAAAGGCAAAGCCGGUACACAUCUGGGGAUCCAGCGACCUGGUUUUGGAGGCGGUGGGUCCGGCGGCUCAGGCCAAGGGCGGACAGUGCUCACCAUGGAAGACCUGGGGAUGGCAGUUUCUGAAUAUGGAGUGAGCGUCAAGAGGGGGGAAUUUUACCGGUAAUCUGAUUUCAGAAACAACUACACCACAGCAUGUUGUUCUGUGGCCCUGCGUGGGUGAACGGGGCUCUGGAACUAUUCACGGGAAUCAUUUGGAUGACACUCCCCUUCAUGCUAUGAUGACCCUGUUCAUGAGGUUGGGCUCGACAGAGCCCAAUCAAAUCGAUUGAUAUCCCUUUUCGAAUCAUUUCUAGAGAUGGAUAUACCCGUCUUUUGGGGGUUUUAUGCCGAGCCACUCGUGACAACGCAACGGGGAAUGGCAGCAUUCAUUACUUUUUGUGUUUGUCGCCUUGAUUAGGCUGCAUUCAGGCGUAAAUACGGGGUCGAGGACAAACGAUAUCCUACAUUGGGUCUUCCUUUUUACAUUAUUGGAAUUUGCGUCUGGCGUCAACGGUAGUUAGGUAGUUCUUGGGGUCAAUUCUAAU